AUUGCAUUUUCGCAGAGAAUGAGUUUGAGGGCCUUUUACUUUUUACGCUGUCUGGUUUUGGUGUGUCAGAAACCGUUGAAAAGUAAAAAAAGAGACAGUUUUUAUAAAUUAUCUAUCUGGAAUCAUAGUGCCAGACAGAGAGAUUCGAGUGUGUCACGGUGUCAGAACGGCUCUACUCACUGUAUUGCGUUGUUACCUUCUUCAUUCUCUUUUUACCUAACACAGCAGAGAUUACUUUGUAGUUUGGUUUCACAAGAAAAGCACUAUAGUAAUACCGUCGAAGGAAAUAGCCAAACAAGAAAAAUUGAAACAUCUGAGUGGGAGUCUGUAAGAAGCGAGCUUCGUCGCACUCGUAUUGACUUGUGCUCUGAAAGCGGGUCGUACAUUGAACUCAACACUUGUCCUUUAUGUGCAACAAACGCAAAAAGGAGAUUGCUGCCCCGCAUCCAUAAGAUAGAUGGCAGCUUUCAUUGUUCGACUUGUGACGAGACUUACUCGAAUUCACAGCUUUUAGAAAGAUUGAAACUUUUGAAUGGGACGUUCUCUCCUGCUCAAGAGAACAUUUUGUUUGACAGGACUGUAAUUGACUCCAACUGGUUGAUUGAGUUCGCGAAAGAUUCAAUCAAGAAUUUGGAAGAAAACAAGGAAAUGAUUGCCUCUCUUGAAAAAUCUGGAUUAUCAUUCCGGAUAUUAAGAGAUUUUGAGGCUGGCUUGGCUCGCUUUCGCAGAAACUCUGAUAAAAGAUACGACGAUUUCCUAGUCUUCCCAUUAAGAAAUGAACGACUUGAACUUGUUGGAGUGAAAUGUAGACGAAUUGAACGAUAUGAAGACGUUGGUUACUAUAGAUUGAACUCUUCGUUUGGUUUGUUUGGUUUGCAUUUAGGAAAUGAGCACCAGGAUUCCGUGAUAGUAUCGGAAGAUGAAAUAGAAGCCAUGAAGAUUACUGAAUCUUGUGGUAUGGUUGCAGUGUCAUUACCUUGUGGCAUUGACUACUUUGGCGAAGAUGUUAUUCGAUGUCUUUCUAUAUAUUCAAAAGUUUAUAUUUGGUUUGGAAAUGAACCUUUGUACAAGGAGCGUGCUUGUGUAUUGGCUAAGAAACUUGGUUUGAUGCGUUGUUAUGUCAUAUCACCUCCGGAGAAGCUUUCCGCAGGAGCAGAACGUCCUAGUGACUUGAUUCGAAUGCAAGUACCUUUGACUCCAUUUAUAUCGAUGGCUGAGCCUGCUGUUCAACCAAAAUAUAUUUCGGACUUUUCCGAUUGUCGCAAUGAUAUUUAUAAGACCUUAGCGCAUCCAAAGGAAAACUUGUUUCUGGCAACAGACUGUUAUUCCCUGACAAACUUUUCGCGAUUUACAAAGGGAUUGCGAAGAAAUGAAGUUUCUUUGUACGUCGGAGAAAGCGGUGUGGGAAAAUCCACGUUUCUGUCUCAGUUAGUUCUCGACUAUUGUCGGCAGGGUAUCCCAACAUUAUGGUGUUCGUUUGCGUCUGAUCAAUCAUUUAUUAUGAAAACGAUGUUAGAGCAAUUAGCAGCAGUUGACAGCAAAACGCUUGUUUCGCAUUUUUCACGUUUUUCUUCGAUAUUCGAAAGCCUUCCACUUCAUUUUGUUAAUUUGAGUAAUCGGGAGGAUAUUGAAUUUUUAGAAGAAGCUAUUGCGUAUGCUCAGCAAAUGUGGAAGGUGACCCAUGUGGUAGUUGAUAAUAUCAAUAUACCCAGAUAUUUUAGAGGUGACAAGUUAAACUGCCCGAAGGAAAUGCUGGAGAAGACUCUACAUUUAUUAAAACAUGUGACUGUAACCAACAACAUUCAUAUAUCGGCAGUCACUUUACCUUGGAUAGAAUCGUAUUGCCAUCGUGGAAUGGACGUUCAAGUGACUGAGCUUUUUGGCUCUUCGUCAGUCGCUUUAGAAGCAGACAACGUAUUCUUUAUCAAGCGUACAUAUCCAGCGGAAAACUUGGAUACUUGUAGAACGAUAUGCAUUUUAAAGCAUCGUUGGGAUGGAAACACAGGUACCAUCAACUUGAAACAAAAUGUAGAAACGAAACUAUUACAAGAUGUGAAGCUUGAAUACUCCAACGUUCAGAUCAACUCUCCAAGCGAACAAAAUUCUUCGAGUGUACUUCUAACUGACCAUUAUUCAUUACAUUCUCAGGAUAGUUUGGCUGAGCCAUGUGUGGAUGAUUUUGAUAAGGAACUGAUUGAGGUGAAUAUGACUGCCGGAGAUUUGGCAGAAUGGGAGAGACUGUUGGAUGUUCGAGACUAAUGCUUUUGUCAGUUGUUUAAGGACAGCUAACCUGUGAGUAUUGUGGAAACUAACAGUGCUACCUACAACGUGCUUGUAUCUGGAGUUAAUACAGACAGAGCCGUUGAAUAGUUAUGAAGAGGGGAAUAUGUCAUUCUUGCAGUCGUGUACAAAAAAUGAAUAAAGUAGCCCUUCCUUGUUGAUUUCAAAGUUUGCUAAGAA